UUCCGGCCGUUUCCUCUCCUUUUUCCCGGGAGGCGAUGGCGGCCGUUCGGGGUCUCCGCAUCUCGGUCAAGGCGGCUGACCCGGAGCCCAUGGAAGUGGAGGAAGGCGAGCUGCAAGCCGGAGCCGCGCCGCCGCCGCCGCCUCCCGACGAGUCCUCCGAUGCCGCCGCGGGCCCAGUCCCGGUGCGGCGCUCGCUGCGGGAGCUGUUGCCGGAUAUGAGCAGAAGAUAUGAAAACAAAGCUGGAAGCUUUAUCACUGGCAUAGAUGUCAAUUCAAAGGAAGCAAUUGAGAAGAAGGAGCAAAGAGCAAAACGCUUCCAUUUUCGAGCGGAGGUGAAUCUGUCCCAGAGAAAUGUGGCGUUGGAUCGGGACAUGAUGAAGAAAGCUAUUCCAAAAGUGCGCCUGGACACCUUAUAUGUUUGCGGCGUAGAUGAAAUGAGCACUCAGGAUAUCUUUGCUUAUUUCAAAGAGUACCCCUCUGCUCAUAUUGAGUGGUUGGACGACACAUCAUGCAACGUCGUCUGGCUUGACGAAGUGACAGCAACACGAGCUCUCAUCAACAUGAGCUCCAUGCCUGAGGAAGAGAAGAUGAAGCCCCAAGAAAAGAGCAAGAAAGCAGGGGAGAAGAGCAAGAAAGAGAAAGAAGAGGAGAGCUCAGAUGAUGAAACUGAAGAAGGGGAAGUAGAGGAUGACCACCCAAGUGACACAGAGCUGGACACGCUCUCCCAGGCGGAAGAAGACUCCCUCCUGCGCAAUGACCUUCGUCCUGCCUGCAAGCUGGCCAAAGGAAACAAACUCUUCAUGAGGUUUGCUACACAAGAUGACAAGAAGGAGCUCGGAGCUGCCAGGAGGAGCCAGUAUUACAUGAAAUAUGGGAAUCCCAACUAUGGCGGCAUGAAAGGAAUCUUGAGCAACUCAUGGAAGCGGAGGUACCAUUCACGCCGAGUCCACCGUGACGUGAUUAAGAAAAGGACUCUCAUCGGGGACGAUGUUGGCUUGGCGUCACCUUACAAACAUCGCCACUCAGGUUUAGUGAAUGUUCCUGAGGAGCCCAUUGAAGAGGAGGAGGAGGAGGAAGAGGAGGAAGACGACAACGAUGACCAGGAUAUGGAUGAAGAUGACAGGGUGGUUGUUGAAUACAGAGACGAACUGCAGGCUUUCAAGCAGUCCCGAGAGCGGAGCGCUGCUCGGCGGUCCAGCGCCAGCGAAUCGGACUCAGACGAAAUGGACUACGACCUUGAGUUGAAGAUGAUUUCUACUCCCUCGCCUAAGAAGACCAUGAAAAUGACCAUGUACGCAGAUGCAGUGGAGUCUCAGUUGAAAAGCAUUAGGAAUUCGAUGAGAGCAGACACUGUAGCACUCAGCAAUGUGAAAAACCGAAUCGGAAGCAAAGGACCUUCAGAGAAAGUUGCUGAUGUUCGAUUAUUGUUAGAGGAAAAACGGCACGGGAGUACUGGGAAGCACCAGCCGCCCAGCUUGGUGAAAUCAGAUGUUCGGCAGAGGCUUGGCAAGAGACCCCAUUCUCCAGAACCCAAACAGCUCAGCGGCACCUCUGUUUCUCAUCGCGAGCCCAUCUCUGAUGUGCACAGCCGGUUAGGCAUACCCAAGCAAGAUGUGAAAGGCCUGUACUCGGACACCAGGGAGAAAAAAUCAGGUCAGCCCCAGUGUUCCAGAACAAACUUGUGGACUCGCUUAGGGUCAGCAUCCAAGAUGCCGGAGAAGACCCCUGAUAAAGCGGAAAAGUCGGCCACGUCUCCUGAGGAGGAUGACUCUGAACUCCAGCGGGCAUGGGGGGCCCUGAUCAAGGAGAAGGAACAGUCACGUCAGAAGAAAAGCCGCCUAGAUAACCUGCCCUCGCUCCAAAUCGAAAUCAGCCGGGAGAGCAGCUCUGGCUCUGACACAGAAUCAUGACAGCCCUUGGCAUUCUCUGGAGCCUAGUGACUUUGCUGGUGGCCACAAAGUGGAAAGUCUAGGACCAGGAGCUGUGCUCUGCGGCAUGGCUAAUCCUGUUUCAUCUAGAGUGUGGUGGAGGAGACAUUACUGGGGGCAGGGGGAGGUGUGUUUCCCUGGAAGCCAUCAAGAACUGUCUGGCCAGGUGUGUGUGUAGGAGACUUCUGUGGUGUUAUAUUUUCACAGGUUGUGUCUCUAAGAAGAAGGAAAAAUUGUUGGUCGCCCCCUCCUUUUGGGACAUGGUACUGUUCUUGCUAAUAACUCACCUUUGCCUUCCUGGUCCUUCUCCGGGUGGCUAGCACAUGUCAUCUCUGUGGGCCAACGCCGGCUUCUCCUCCAGAACUGGCCCAAGUGUAAAAUGGCUGAUUCUAAAGCAGUAGUCUUCUCUGCCAUCCCAUGCAAGCAAUUCUGGAUUAUAACCCACCAGAACUAGCUUCCUACAUUUUCAGAACUUUUUAAAAUCUGAAAUGAAGAUUGAGCAGCUGGGUACACAGAGUCCUCUAAGGUGCUUUCUGUUUGUUGUUGAAAUUAACUUUAAAAUUAUCUACAGUCUGUAUAAUGUUUGGAAAAAAAUUAAGCAAUGGAAAUGUUAAUUCUUUUAUAUAUUUUGAAUUUUUUUGCUGUUGCCUACAGUGAACAUUUUAAUAGGUAGAUUUCAUCCGUGCAGUUCAAGUAUGUAACAGGAGACGUUUUGGGGGGGAUAUUGACUCUUACAAGGCAGAGCAAUUGCUUCCUGUCCUGAUUUCUUAUUGUCCUGGUAUGUGGAUGUGUAUGACCUGUUUUCUUCCCCCACCAUCUGACCAUUUGUUUUUUGUCAGGCAAGUUAAUGCUGUUCAGUGGAUUCCUUCAUUCCGUGUUGUGGUAUAGGAGACACUUGCUAUGUUAUUUGGACAGAAUUUAUAGAGCUUCUUGCCCUAGAAGAAUUCUGCCAGGAGCAUUUUCAGUUUCUAUCUGGCAAUGUGUCAAGUCAUCUCUUCUGUCUUCCUUCUUUUCUUUUCAUUCCUCUGGGGACCCGUAUCCUCUCCCUCUCCCCAUUUUUUUUGUAUGCAACAAAUGUUUUGAGGCUUUGGAAAACUAAGAGCUGAUCAGCUGUGAGCUUUUUGUCUGAGAAGAACAAUGCAGGGAAUAACAAGAAGACAACAAGGAGGAGGAAUGAAAACUAUUUGGUCUCAACUUCCCUGUUCAAUAUUGACCCUCAUUUGUUAAGUACGUCUUCUGAAGACUGUCAGUGAAAGCAAGUAAACACAAUGUUUGAUCACUGUAA